UGACAGAGCCACGGCCGCAUGCUGCGAUUGUUUACCUUUUGGUACUUCGGGAAAUUCCUUUUGGUUAUUAGGGAAUUUUGUGACCAUGGAGCCGGCUUGCGACGAUUUUCUCGAUAUCGAAGACCUGAUAUCGGCGGACGAUCCUUCGCCGAGGGAGCGCUACAGCAACAAACAGGAUGUGACCGUGCGGGCCAAGCGUACGAAGGUGCGCAGUACGCGUACCACGAAAGACCCACAGCCUGCCGCGGAGAAGCCGGUGCUGGAGAGCGUGAUACCGGAGACUCAGCAAAUCUACAUGAAGACGUGGGGUUGUGCUCACAACACCUCAGAUACUGAGUACAUGGCCGGUCAGCUGGCGCAGUACGGUUACAAUUUAACGAACGACAAAAAGGCCGCCGAUCUGUGGGUGCUCAACAGCUGCACCGUGAAAAACCCCUCCGAAGACACGUUCCGGAAUGAGAUUGAGGCGGCUCACAGAGCGGGCAAGCAUGUGGUGGUCGCUGGCUGUGUACCGCAGGCGGCCCCACGUUCCGACUACCUGCACGGACUGAGUGUGGUCGGCGUGCAGCAGAUCGAUCGUGUGGCUGAGGUGGUCGAGGAAACGCUGAAAGGACACUCGGUGCGGUUGCUGCAGGCGAAGAAGGUGAACGGGCGGAAGGUCGCGGGACCGAAGCUGGCGUUACCGAAGGUUCGCAAAAACCCGCUCAUCGAGGUAAUCCCAAUCAAUUCCGGAUGUCUCAACGCAUGCACCUACUGCAAGACCAAGUUUGCCCGGGCCGAUUUGGUGAGCUAUCCGGUGCAGGAGAUCGUUGAGCGUGCCCAGCAGGUGUUUGAGGACGGUGUGUGCGAGAUAUGGCUUACGUCGGAAGACACCGGGACCUACGGACGGGAUAUCGAUUCCUCGCUGCCAGAGCUACUGUGGAAGCUGGUGGAAGUGAUUCCCGAAGGUUGCAUGAUGCGGCUCGGUAUGACCAAUCCGCCCUACAUUCUGGAACAUCUCGAAGAGAUGGCAAAGGUACUGGCGCAUCCACGUGUCUACAGCUUUCUCCACAUACCGGUGCAAAGCGGAUCGGAUACCAUUCUGGGCGAGAUGAAGCGGGAGUACUGCGUGCAGGAGUUCGAACGUGUUGUCGAUUUUCUACGCGAGAAAGUACCGGGCAUCACGAUUGCGACGGACAUUAUUUGCGGUUUUCCGGGCGAAACUGAGGCCGAUUUCCAGGGAACGGUAGCUCUGUGCAGGAAGUAUGAAUUUCCAAGCCUGUUCAUCAAUCAAUUUUUCCCGCGGCCGGGUACACCGGCAGCCAAAAUGGAACGUGUACCGGCCAACGAGGUAAAGACACGCACGAAACGGUUAACCGAUCUGUUCCACUCGUACGAACCGUACAAAAAGUAUGCUCCGGGCACGAUACAAACGGUGCUCGUGACCGAAAUCUCUCACGAUCGGAAGCACUACGUUGGCCACAACAAGUACUAUGAACAGGUGCUUCUUCCCAUGCACAAUAAUCUUCUCGGCAAGCAGGUUGAGGUGGAAAUAACGGGCUGCACCAAGUUCAGCAUGUUUGGCAAAGUUCUGCAAAGCGAAAAGGAAUGGAAAAACUGUAGCAAACCAACAACCGCUAAUGUUUCGGAAUCGCCGCAAAUCACCGACUCGAAGUAUCGUUCCCUGUUUCCGGUUUUCUUUGUGUCGUGCAUUAUAGCGAUCAUAUGUAAAUACAUUUUUAUGUUAUACGAUUUCUAG